AUGCAGAAAGUUCCGGAAUUGGCCUCCGAAUGUUUCCCGAUUGUGCGGAAAGAUUGCGACAGAGAAGAAGAAGACGUCAUCGAUGUUGGGUCCGCCCCUGGGUCCAGGGGGCUUCAGUAUGGACAGUACAAUACAUUGAUACAAGAACUCCGAUAUGAUGAUGCCUCCUCCUUCAAAAGGUAUUUGAGGAUCACGCCAACAAUGUUUGACGACAUACUCCAGCGUCUUACGCCUCACAGUCAGAAAAAGGACACCAGGUUCCUUUACGCCCUGCCUGCUGGCAUAAAGCUUGCAAUAACGCUGAGGUACAUGGCAUCUGGGGACACGUACGCCUCCUUGGCGUAUGACUACGGUGUUGCUGCGGGAAGUGUAUGCCAUUUCGUCCCAGAAGUGUAUGCUGCUCUGCUUAAGGAGUAUAAGGAUGACGUUCUGACCAUUCCGAAUACUCCAGAUGCCUGGCUGAAAGUGGCCACCCAACGUGAGAGAUGGUGGAACAUGCCUCAUACUCUUGGUGCCCUCGAUGGCAAACAUGUGAAAAUCAAGAAGCCACCGGGUUCUGGAAGUUUGUAUCACAAUUACAAGGGCUUCUUUAGCAUAGUCCUUCUGGCGUUAGUCGAUGCAAACUGUAAGUUUAUCUGGUGUGAUCUUUUGGGCAUCUGUUUCAUGUCAGACUGCAAGAUCUUUAAUGAUUCUGCAUUGAAGGAAUGUAUGGCUCAAAAUAAUUAUAAAUUACGCGAAGCGAAAUGA